UCUUUUUAUCUCUUUUCAUAGUUGUGAACAGUGAAAAAACAAGAUGCAACCAUUGCCAACAAACAGGACGAGCUUUACCCGUCCAAGGGAGAAAUCUACUCACAUGUAUGCUCCUGCCGCGGCUCCUGUUGGCACUCUGUCGGACCAUGGCUACCAGAGUGACUAUGGCUCUGACUCCGGCCUGAGGGAGAAAUCUACUCACAUGUAUGCUCCUGCCUCGGUUCCUGUUCGCACUCUGCCGGACUAUUACUACCAGAGUGACUAUAGCUCUGACUCCGGCCUGAGUGAUAUUCGCUCUACAUGUAGCUCCACUCAGACCAUAACAGAGAGUGACAAGUCCCGGGAUACACCUCCAUUUUUUCAAGACAAACCCAGACGUGUAAGAUCGAAAGGCAAAGACACGACUCUGCUUUCUAAAAUAGAAAGCAUUGUGGCAGAUCUAAUGAAAUGUGAGGCUUCGCCAGUUGUCGUUGCAGUUUCCCUCGUUGCAAUAGCAGCAGUUCUCUGUUUCGUCGGCAGUCUUUUUACCCGAGAGAGGGGGGCGACUCCAGAGGUGAAAAUUGUGCUGCCGAGCUAUUCAGGAGAAGGGAAGAUCACAGCAGAAACGGAUAUGAUGCUGAAGCAAGUUAUUGAAGAACUAAAAAAGGAAGUGGAAAGAAGGGUUCGAUCAGAAAUUCAAGCAAAGAAAGAUACAAGCGAAGCUACAGAAAGUUCUGGAUUCAUCAUGUCUAUAAUCAGUUUUUUUUUUCGAUUGUUAAUUGUUCUUUUUAUUUUUAUUUUUUUUUAUAUUUUGCAAUUCUAUAUUCAUUGGAUAGUUGAGGACAUUCCACCAUUUACAGACAUAUAGCCCUCUGUUAUUACAGAGAGAGUAAAAGAGAAAUCAGCAGUAAAUGAUCAGUAUGGCUAAGAACCCUUCCUUUUUCAACAUCCUUUUUCCUUUUUCCUUUUUUUAAUCAAAAUGUAUUCAGUAGAAUUUCCCAUAACUAUUUUACAAUUCUAAAAAGGGAUGUAUUUUAACACUUUAAUACACUUUAAUGUGUGCAUUAAUGUGUUGGGAGACAAUCCAGUAAGUUAUCUACAUUUCAAGACAAAAAAAUGACAAGAAAUGUAUAUAUACUGUAGCGGAUGUACCUGUCCUGGCAUCAGUCACAAGCCAUUAAAGAAGUUAAUUGUAAGGGCAUGCAGGGUUCUGGACCCAAAAUUGACACUUUCUUAUUCUUCCCACCAUCAAUCUUUAAAAUUGAUAGGAAACAGAAACAAAGGACCCUUCUCCCACAAACAGACCAUCCUUUUAGCAUGUCAGAGAGAUACACAA